AUGAGUAUGAAUCGGGAUGCUGUUACGCAAGAUACAAUAUUUACAAUGGCGACAAUAAAGCAGGAACAGCCUCAGGAACGACAGGCCAGCACACGCCCGACAGCUUCAACAUGGAAUACCAAGGAUAUGGGCAAGCGACUCGGUGUCGAUAUCGCUAGCGCGGCAACAGCGGGUGCGCUGACCUGCCCAUUAAUCACCAUCAUUGAUCGUGCAAUCAUGGAAAAAGCGUCCAAAGGCUUCCCAAUCAGCCAAACAAUCAAAAACUGCCUUCGAUCGAUGGUCGCUCGACCCAGCGGCUUCUUCUUCAGCACUCCAUUCCUCCUCAUCUACACCCUAUACACAUCAACCUACCUCACAGCAAACGCAAUUGACACCCUCAGAUCAACAACACACAACCAGCCCUACAAUGCCAUCGACACAGGCCUUCCCAAAUUCUUCGCAACAACAAUAGUCAACAUGACAAUCUGCGUCUACAAAGACGCGCGCUUCGCCAAAAUAAGCAGCACCAUGAACACAAACCCAGUCGCAUGGAAGUAUGGUUCUGCUCUCCGCGCACCAUGCCCUCCAUCCGCACCUACAGUACCAACCCUCCAAAUACCAAAAGUCUCCUACGGCCUCUUCUGUCUCCGCGACAGCAUCACCAUCUGGGCUUCUUUCAAUAUCCCCGCCCUUAUUGCGCCCUCGGUCCCAGACUUCCUCGCCUCAAGCCCAACUAUGAAAUCCAGCAUCGCGCAAUUCGCUUGUCCCGCUGCUAUGCAGUUCGCUAGUACGCCCAUGCACCUCCUCGGAUUGGAUCUUUAUAAUCGCCAGCCGGCCGGUGGUAUGCAUUGGACUGAACGUGUGGCGCGGAUUCGUCGCGAUUAUGUGCCUAGUUGCUUUGCGCGCAUGGGGAAGAUCGUUCCUGCGUACGGUGUCGGUGGUGUGGUCAAUGUGCGGAUGAGAGAUUCUUUGAUGAAGAGAGUUGAGAGGGGAGAGUAA